AUGUACUGCGGCGACGAUGUGGAAGCCGUGGUGGGCGACGUAGGCACGGCGCUGAGCAAGUUCGGGCUGGCGGGCGAGGACACGCCGCAGCUGGUGCUGCCCAGCGUCGUGGGGCGCCGACCAUCUCCUCCCUCCGACGGCUCCAAGGACGCCGCUGCCUCCUCUGCAGUGCUCGGAGACCUGUGGCACCGACACGAUCUGGAGGUGGCACGCCCCAUCGAGGCCUGCGCCGUGGCCAAUUGGGACGCGCUGGAGAAGGUCUGGGGCCACGCGUUCGAGCGCCUGCACGUGGACGCCAAGAGCCACCCGGUGAUCACGUCCGCGGCCUCGUGCUUCGCCAACGACGCGCUGCACAACGCGGCGUCCCGGGACGGCGAGAAGUACCUGGAGAUGAUGUUCGAGACGUUCCAGGUGCCGGCCUUCUACAUGGCCAAGGACGCGAUGCUGGACGCCUUUGCCUUCGGGCGGUCGAUGGCGUUGGUGGCGGAGAUCGGCGCGGGCGCGUCACGCGUCGUGCCCGUCUACGACGGAUACGCACUGGAGAAGCCGGCGCAGUACUCGUCGGUGGGGUGCAACCAGUUGUCGGAGUAUCUGGAGCACUUGGUGGCCACGCAGAAGCCCGAUCCAGUGACUGUGAGGCCGAGAGGCACUUUCACGAGGAAGCUGAACCUGCAGACCGGAGCGCUGGAGACGAUUCCGUUGGCGGAAAACCUCACGACGCCUCCGGCGAUGCCGGCGAGUUACCUCAAGUUCUCGCGCGCGGAUUUAUUCAGGGAUAUGAGGGAGGCCACGUGCUCCAUGGCGCCGACGCCGCUGGAGGAGGAGCACAGGCAAUCCCCUGCUGCAGGUCAGAACUCCCCGUCACCGGAACUGGAACCGUUGGAAAUCACGGAGGAGCAGUAUGAGCUGCCGGAUGGACAGACCAUUGUUCUGGGCAAGGAACGGUACGAGGUUCCGGAGUUUUUGCUGCACCCCAAGAAUUUUGGGGGUGCCGUGGUCAAGAGUGAGCAGCAUGCUGCGGCGGCGGCGAAGGUGGUGGCAAAGGGUCUGCAUCGCAUGAUCUACGACGCCGUGCAGCUGUGCGACGCUGAUUUGCGGCGAGAUAUGCUGACCAACAUUAUUCUAUGCGGAGGAGGGAGCCUCACUCCCGGUAUGACGGAGCGGUUGCACAUGGAACUCACUCGUUUGGUACCCAGCACGUUCAAGCUGCGCUUCACGACGGUCACGAAGAUCGAGCGACAAUUCAGCGUCUUCAUCGGUGGGUCCAUUCUGGCGUCUUUAGGCUCAUUCCAGCAGCUCUGGGUGUCCAAGCGCGAAUACGAGGAAGUCGGCGCCCACGCACUGUGCGCGGACCGCUUCUGCUAG